GCUCGCUCUUGAAAUGAGGAUUUCCCACAACCAUAAAAGAUGACAAUUACUCAUUCCCUCACCAAUGUGGGAUAAUCUAAUAACUUGGGGCAGUGGAAUAAUAUUUUAACAAAGAAACUAAAUGAAUGAAGAUUCUUAAAUAAUGAGGUAACAGGGCUGAAAUCCAUUUAUUCGCUACUGAGUUUCAGAAUUUUGAAGAUUAUAGAAAUGGUUUUACCAAGAGCCGAUUUGGCAUAUGGAUAAUAAGGAAAUUUCUUUAAAAACAGUAGUACUGCCACUCACAUUUUCUAUGUCAAUUUAAUCUUAGAUUGUAUAGUAAUUUAUUACCACAAUGCUACUUGAGUAAGUAACUGCUGCAAUUUUUAUUUUUUUUUUUAAAUUUUUUUUCAGGCAAGCAUAUAGUAGCAGGUUGUUUAAUGUGAGAACAAAUAAUGCGGUAUUCAAGUUAUGUGAACAGAUGAUUGAAUUAAGUGUUCGCUUUUUUUUCCCAUCUUAAAAAUGGCAGAAGAUAAAGUUGCAAGCUUAAGUACGGAAGUGUCCGAGUCAGAGAAAAAGUUGGCUGUAAAAAUGCAAGAGUUGAACAGAAAGUUGAUCAUUGACGAGAUAUUUGUUCGUAUUCCUCGAUCGCCCUCUAAUUUUAAAUUAGGCCCGUGUUUUAAGAACGUGUUCCCUCGGGAGCUUUCUCUUCAUUACCCCUUAGCUGAAGGAGAAAAGCUACUUCUACACUCCGCGGAACCGGAUAGGUCCAGAGGUAAGACUCUGAGAUCAUGGCCUAAUGUAAGUCGAACGUGGAUUGAUUGGGUAGAUCGAGUCGAAAAGGCGAAAUGGGAAGUAUGGAGAUCUGCUGAUAUAUACGAUGCAAUUCAGUUGUCGAAACACGAUUUCCCCAUGGACAAAAAUCUUCUUAAUGCUGCCUUGUGCUAUUGGUCGAUCUCCACAAACUCGUUCCACUUCAGGUUUGGUAUGAUGGGGCCCACGGUACUAGAUAUUGUUGCUUUGACAGGACUUAGGCCACAUGGUGAGGAGGUUAGCGUCCCUCUCAGGAUGGCUCGUGAUUUUCCGGGGUAUGGGAAAAUUAAAGAAUGCUUGACUUACUGCAAAUUUCUCGACGUGUCGAUGGGAGCAAUGGCUGUGACAGAGGAAGAACAUAUAUCGUUUCUCGUUAUGUGGCUUUGCAAAUAUCUCUUUUGUAAUUCUUCGGUAACCAUGAUCGAGCAAUGUACAGAACUUGCUUUUGCUCUUGCUACGGGUAGAAAGCUCGCUUUGGCACCUUUUCUCUUGUCGAAUUUAUAUCAUGGCUGCACCGACAUCAUUACUGGCGAGUUUGACGAUGCGCGGGGUCCGUUCUGGAUCUUGCAGCUCUGGCUACAAGCUUACUUUCCGGAACAUCAACCUUUAACCUCGGGUGACGGUAAUCCUCCCACCUAUGGGUACACCUUGGCUGAUGGUGUUUUGAUACCUAAAACGUUCAACCAAUACUUUCUGUUCUUCAAUAAAUGCUCGUCUAGAACAGCAGCCCAAUUCACGCCAUUUUCUUCGAGGAAAUCUGGACCUGAAUGGUUUAAGAGGUCACUUGAUCCUUACUUCCAAAAACUUAAUAGGACCGAGUUAAAAGCCAUUUGGGCUAGUUACCUUAUUGCUCGAGACAUUCCUUACAGUAUCCGUCUGGACGAGUCUUUGAAGUGCAAAUGCGCUGUAGAACAUUAUUCUCCGAAUCAGUUCGCUCGACAGUUUGGCAUGACACAGGCUAUUCCCCUUUUCCAGUAUGCAGCUAACAUUGAAGAAAUUGAAUCAAGGUUUUCCGAAUUAAAAAGGAAGUUCUCAUUUGUUCCAUUUAAUGUUAAUCCGAGCUCUACUGAGUGGUUUGAUUCCUGGUGGUCAACUUAUAUCAACAAUCGGGACAAAACUGUUACUGCUACUGAUGUCCUCAGGAAGAUCUCACUGUAUGUUACGCCUCUCGGUCAAUCUGAAAGGCAAGAAGUUUCUGCUCGCAGGUCCAAUGGUAUUAAAGGAAAUUCUCAGUCUGCAGGACAAUUUGGCUGGAAUAUGAAGAGGAAAUAUAAAGGGUAUAAUAUUCCACCACGAUCUUGUAUACAGCAAGAUAAGUCCAGACAACAAUGGAGCUCAUAUGAGGCGGCUGAAACGAUAUCUACAAGAAGAACAACAUGCAAGAAGAUGAAGACUUCCGCAAUGAAAAUGCUGCUACCAAGGACAACUUCUACCGUACCUUUUGCAUUGGCCUUCCCUACAAGUUGUGCUCCCACUGAUGAAGACAGCAGAAAGGACGAUGAACAAGUUUCUGCUGAUGAAGACGGGAUCAAGGCCGACAAGCAAGUUUCUGCUGAUGAAGACGGGAGCAAGGCCGACGAGCAAGUUUCUGCUGAUGAUACAUUAAUCUCCGCCUCUUCUUCUGCCUCAUCCUCCACUUCCGAAAAAGAAGGCGAAAAAUGUACAGUUUCCCCAUCAUUAGCUAAGACCGGAGGCAAGGCAUCUGAUGUUAGUGAAACACCUGACUGUCCUGUGAAAUUUGAUAAUCUAGAAGACUUCUUUGCUCGAGUUAGUGGAAAAAUUAAACGAGCACAAUCCGUCAGCUUUCCUACUGAUCAAUCUUCUCCUAUAUAUGACAGUACAUCUGCCACGCAAAAGUCUACACCAUCCUCAGAAACACUUGCCAAAGCGAAAGGUGAUAUUGAGAGAUUACUAAUCAUGCCUUCUCAAGACUUGCUUCUACCCGAAAACUGUUCAAAGUUGAAUGAAGCACUAUCAAUAUAUGCUGCAUCACCGGAUUUAUCUGUUGAGAAAACGCUUGCAUUUGAGAAACUCAAAGUGAACCUUCCACACCUUUCCUCAACAUACCAUAGUGCUAAGAAGGACAAAGAGGAUUAUUACAAAAAGGCUGCCAAGAAAGUGCUCCUUGUCGACGAGCUCAUGGAAGGUCAGGAACGAUAUGCCAACCUCAAAGACUACAGUGACAAACUUGAAAGAAGAACAUAUUCCAUCAGAAAACAAAUCAGCAAGUUGAAGGCAAGCUUGAAGGACGCAAAGACAAAACGAAAAGCAAUCCAGGAGCAAAAAUUGAAUUUGGCUAAGAAGUGUUUUGAAAAGUCUAAUGCUCUUGAUGAAAUGGACGCUGAGUUUCCUGUCAUAGACGAGAUGAAGGAGCUAGCAGAUUUGAACAUUGUACGAGUGGAAGAAAGCUUGACAGACUUGAAGAGUAAGAUAAUUGAAUCGCGUGUGUAA